GUUCAGACAGAGGUAGAAAGGGCUUGUUGGAAAGGGUAAGAGCACUGCGCCAACACACGUGGCACACAUGACCUCUAUACUCCAUUAAUCGUCACAGAUCUACCAGGCUUCCGCAAGACGAUCGACGAAUUCUACGCGCAAUGCUUGUCCUUAGGUCUCGAUGUUCUCAAGUGCCUGGCGAUGGCCAUGGACCUCGGCGAUAACUUCUUCGACGACAUCACAAAGAGGGCAGACCCUCAAUUACGUAUGCUGCACUACCCGGCCAUCAAGAAGAAGAUCGUUGAACAGGAAGGACACGCCCGAAUUAUUCCGCACACUGACUUUGGACUGUGCACGCUUCUUUUCCAGGACUCUGUUGGUGGCCUUGAGGUUGACCCCUUCCACACCGGUGAUUUCAAGCCUGCGCUGCCUGUACCUGGCACUGUUCUCAUCAAUAUUGCAGAUCUCAUGCAGCGACUGACGAACGAUCAAUGUCGAAGCACGAUGCACAGGGUCGUAAGCCCGAGGGUGUCUGGCGACGUUCUGCCCUUGAGGUACUCGAUGCUGUUUUUCAUUCACUCUGAUCCAGAAGCUAUGAUCGACCCUAUCAUCAAGGAGAAGGGUGAGGUCAAAAAAUACGAGCCUGUCAAUGCUGGGGAAUGGCGAACCUACAACACAAGAAAGAACUACACAAGCCUACCCGCAGCUGCUGCUUGAGCAUAAACAACAAAGGACUUGCAGUCAAGACACCGUUCCAGCACUUACCAUCCUUAGAUUUGGAUGUGCAAAAUUAGAUAUUCAUUUUGGUAUACCAGUCUUUGAUCAAUGGCCGCAGCAAGAUGUAUGUUUCAAGUCAAGCCACCAGCCACGCCGAGCGCAUCCCUUGCCGAGCGGCCCUCAUUACAACGCUUUGUUUACGCAUGCACCUUUCCCUCAUGACAGCCUUGCGCCACCUUGCUCACUUCGAUGCAUCGCAAAUAUAAUGUCGAGGACGGCUGCUUGCUACGACCAAUUU